GUAGUUGGGCCUAGUAGCAGUGAUGAUCAACUUGACAAUAUUGGACCAACUUGUAUGUGAACACUACUUAUUAGAAAGGAAAAAGGAUGACAUAGAAACAGAGAGUGAAUUGUAUUUUAGAGAGUUUGUAGAAAGUAUAGACAGUUUGCAUAGCAAAAUGGCUGCACGUCUUGCUCUAGAAGAGAUAAUAGAUAGUGUCGCCAAAGCAACUACAACCAAAGUAGUACAACUACUUCGUGAAUGGCAACCCAAGCUUUUAGAAGAUACUAGGCUCCACUUCCAGUUCUUAAUCAUGCAACUUGCAGAUAAAAUUGAACAACAUGAAGAAGAAGCGGCGUUGGAGUUUUGUAGGAAGGAAUUGGCUCCAAAGGCACUGAAUGCAUACUUGGAAGCUUACGAUGACUUUAAAAGAGCGUUGAAAUUCUUUUUGAAGCCUGAGAGAAUACCUUAUGAAAGGCAGAUACUGGCAGAUAAAUUGUUUGCAACCUUUCAGGCACUCAGUGGUACUACAGACUCUUGUUUCUACACUUGUUUGAAAUACUUGAUCAAUAUUGUUUGUGCAGAAGUGGGGACAUCAAAGACAGAGCUUAACGAGGAAGCUUAUCAAGCCAUGGCUUUGAUAAUACCCAACUUAGCGGAGCGGCCACUACCUAUUGAAGGUUAUCGAGAAUUUCCAGAGUCCGAUAUUCAAACUUUGAAAGAUGCCUUGAGGAACCGAAUAACUCGAGACGAUGCAGUUCUAGCCCUAAAAUAUGCCAAUGGCGACGUAAAGAGAGCUUUGAAGAACGAGUUGAGUUUGAUUCACUUUGACGAUGAUUUAGUAUCUUCCUUGGUUGAAGACUAUAUUGAGUUGAGAGGGUUGAGAAGAAACAUAGAUGGCUCAAAGUUUAGCCAUCUCCUAGUCGAAGACAAGAUUGAGGAUUCGCUUUCUUGGCAAGUUGUUAUACAGAUGAUUCGGUAUUGUGCUGAACGUCGAGAUGUUUUUACCAUUCUCAAGUUGUUACGGCAACUAUACCCACAAGUGCUCGAAAAGUAUCCAAAGCUUCAAUUUCGUUUAUUACAGUAUUGUCUUUAUCACCUAUUGGAAGAAAGAAGAUGGACUUGUGGAUUGCAAAUAUUAAGAGAAGAUAUGAGUAAAAUGACGGAGAGAUUUCCUCAGCUGUAUCCGUGGUUGAAGGAGAGUGCUUUUAUUUUAUUUCUUUAUGAUUUGGAAGGAUAUCAAUUUCUUGAAAGGAAAAGACUUUGGAAGCGCUAUUUUGAGGAGCAUAUCAAUCUACCAGCAAUAGCAAGUUCCUUAUGUACCAUUGUGAUGGAGGCCAAUUCCAUUUAUGAACCUCAGUUGGCUAAGAAUUUACGUUUUUAUUUGUUCAUUCAUAAAGAGUGGUGUGCAAAGAAUCAUUUGGAUGAUCCUUUUGCAGAAUCCUUAUGCAUCGAUGCUUUAACACAGGUGGAUAGUCUGUUGGAGCAAACAAUUAAUGAUCAAGACUAUAUUUUUAACAUAGAUUUAAGUACCGCAAUGAAGAAAGAUAACUGUGUGGAAGAUACUACAAAUAGUCAACAGUCCACAGAAGAACAAGUGAUAUUGACUUUGAUGGAAUUUCUUGCUAUUUCACGUGCUGAGGCAAUUGCCUUGUUUAAUCAGUAUACUGGUCCGUCAAAGGAUCCUGCUUAUAUUCUAAAUACAUUGUUAUCAGAAAUGUAAAUAAAUGGUCAACUACUAUCAAGAAAUAGAUAAUACGUUAUUCAUUGUCAUAUCUUGAAUUUUGAGAAGACACUUUUUUCCAAUCAGUGGAUAGCACCUUUCCUUGAGACUCUACAAAGGACUUUACCAUAGCUCGACGAGUAUCUUCAUCAGAUUUCUCAUAAAUAUCACGAAAGAAAGCUAAAAGGUCUUUGCUUUGAUCUUGCUCUUCGUCAUCGUCCUCUUCAACUGCGAAUUGUUUUGGGAACCUCCCUGACUGUAAACUUGCUGUCUCCCUUGAACUGUAACUGGACUGAGUAUUAUCUGAACUCUUCAACGUUGCCCCACUGGUUAAUUGUUUCCAAAGUAGACCCUCUUCCUUUUUCUUCAUUUUCAACUCAACUUUUUGAGGAAAGUAAGUCACCAGCGACUGUUCAGCCACAACAGGGUGGGAAAGUUCCCAAGUUUGUUCAUAAAUACUCUUGUCUCGAGCACUAAACAAAUUCACUGUUACCUAUCCACCCAGCCACGUGAGAAAAG